AUGGGACUGUUAUAUUCGCCAUAUGGUGUACUUGCUCUUGCUUUUGUUUUAUAUUUAGCUCAUAAAAAUAUAAGAACAAUUUGGACGCAUGGUGGUCUUCUCAGUACGCACGAAGCCAUAUGGCAUGGUGUACCGAUAAUUGUAAUGCCUUUCUUCAUGGAUCAAAAAUCCAAUACACAAAUAUUAUUAUCUAAAGGCAUUGCCGUGUAUCUGGAUUUUAACACUUUGUCUAUGCAAACUAUAUUAGACGCAGUUGAAGAAAUACUUUACAAUGAAAGUUAUAUGAAAAACAUAAAACAAUUAUCUAGUGAAUUCCGAGAUCGGCCAGUACCGCCAUUAGAUUUAGCAGUUUGGGGUAUCGAAUACUCUGUUCGUCAUCCAAAUGGAAGCUUAGCAACACCUCUUAGAUCUCAGAGUUGGGUGGAACAAAAUCUGAUCGACGUUUAUGCAUUUUUAUUUCUUAAUUUUAGUAUAAUAUUAUUAACUAUAUUCUUUGUAAUAAAAAUACUGAUUAGUUUUUUUUGUAAUCAAAUAUACGCAUUAAAAUUGCGUAAAAGCAAACAGGCAUAAGCGAAUUAAAUAUUAACAGAUUUUGGAUGUAAUUACGGCUAUUCAUAUUAAUUAAUCUAAAAAAUGAAAAUUAAUGAACAAAUUUAGAAAAUAUAAUAUUAAUUGUAC